AUGGCCUUAAAAUGGCAGAUGAGCCUAUGGAAGAAGGUGAACCAUAUUCCUACCACGAUGAAGGAAGUGUGAAAGAAAUUCCUAUUACACAUCAUGUGAAAGAAGGAUGUGAGAAAGCAGAUCCAGCACAGUUUGAACUACUUAAGGUUCUUGGACAGGGAUCAUUUGGAAAGGUCUUCCUUGUACGGAAAAUAAUUGGUCCUGAUGCUGGGCAACUUUAUGCAAUGAAAGUAUUGAAAAAAGCUUCUUUGAAAGUUCGGGAUAGAGUUCGUACAAAAAUGGAGAGAGAUAUAUUAGUAGAAGUAAAUCAUCCAUUUAUCGUCAAACUGCACUAUGCCUUUCAGACUGAAGGGAAGCUAUAUUUAAUAUUGGAUUUUCUCAGGGGAGGAGAUGUAUUCACGCGAUUAUCCAAAGAGGUUAUGUUUACAGAGGAAGAUGUGAAAUUCUACCUCGCAGAACUGGCCCUUGCUUUGGAUCACCUUCACAGCUUGGGAAUUGUAUACAGGGACCUGAAGCCAGAAAACAUUUUGCUUGAUGAAGCAGGACAUAUCAAGUUAACAGACUUUGGACUCAGCAAAGAAUCAGUAGAUCAAGAGAAGAAGGCCUAUUCUUUCUGUGGUACUGUAGAAUACAUGGCACCUGAAGUAGUAAACAGGCGAGGGCACAACCAGAGUGCUGACUGGUGGUCCUUUGGUGUUCUUAUGUUUGAAAUGCUUACUGGUACGCUACCAUUUCAAGGUAAAGAUCGAAAUGAAACUAUGAAUAUGAUACUGAAAGCAAAACUUGGAAUGCCUCAGUUCCUCAGCCCUGAAGCACAAAGUCUUCUGAGGAUGUUGUUUAAAAGGAACCCAUCAAAUAGAUUAGGAGCUGGUUCAGAUGGAGUUGAAGAAAUCAAGAGACAUCCUUUUUUUUCUACUGUUGACUGGAAUAAACUGUUCAGAAGAGAAAUUCAACCCCCAUUUAAACCAGCUUCUGGGAAGCCAGAAGAUACUUUUUGUUUUGAUCCAGAAUUCACAGCAAAAACACCAAAAGAUUCUCCAGGAGUCCCACCUAGUGCGAAUGCACAUCAGCUCUUCAAAGGAUUUAGUUUUGUUGCAACUACUACUGUAGAAGAUCAUAAAAUAUCACCACUCACCAAUAUACUGCCAAUAGUACAGCAACUUCAUGGAAACAGCGCACAGUUUACUGAUGUAUAUGAACUGAAGGAAGAUAUUGGUGUUGGUUCCUACUCUGUUUGCAAGCGAUGUAUACACAUAGCUACAAAUAUGGAGUUUGCUGUAAAGAUAAUUGAUAAAAGUAAGAGGGAUCCCUCAGAAGAAAUUGAGAUUCUCAUGCGUUAUGGACAACAUCCAAAUAUUAUUACUUUAAAGGAUGUGUAUGAUGAUGGUAGAUUCAUAUACCUUGUCACUGAACUGAUGAAAGGAGGAGAGCUGCUUGAUCGAAUUCUCAGACAGAAGUUCUUCUCGGAACGAGAGGCUAGCGCUGUAUUAUACACUAUAACUAAGACUGUGGACUACCUGCACUGCCAAGGGGUAGUGCAUCGAGACCUUAAACCUAGUAAUAUUUUAUAUAUGGAUGAUUCAAAUAAUGCUGAUUCUAUCAGGAUUUGUGAUUUUGGAUUUGCAAAACAACUUCGAGGAGAAAAUGGACUACUUCUAACUCCGUGCUACACUGCAAACUUUGUGGCACCAGAGGUUCUCAUGAGACAGGGAUAUGAUGCUGCUUGUGACAUAUGGAGCUUGGGUGUUCUUCUUUACACAAUGUUGGCAGGCUAUACUCCAUUUGCCAAUGGUCCUAAUGAUACUCCAGAGGAGAUCCUGGUACGGAUAGGCAGUGGAAAAUUCUCUUUAAGUGGAGGCAACUGGGACAUUGUUUCAGAUGCAGCAAAGGACUUGUUAUCACAUAUGCUUCAUGUAGAUCCACAUCAGCGAUAUACAGCAGAGCAAGUAUUAAAACAUUCGUGGAUAGCCUGUAGGGACCAGUUGCCGCAUUAUCAACUAAACAGGCAAGAUGCACCACAUCUAGUAAAGGGAGCCAUGGCUGCUACAUAUUCUGCACUGAAUCACAAGACAUUUCAGCCAGUGUUAGAGCCUGUUGCAGCCUCAAGUUUAGCUCAGCGACGGAGCAUGAAAAAGCUAACAUCAACAGACUUAUAGAUCCACUGGGACACCUUAGCAAACAGAAGCAAGGGGAAAAUCCAAUAAGUGGCUCUAUUUUGCCUGACCUGUGAUCAAAAGGCAUCUAUGGUUUCCUGCUACACUACUUGAAUUCUGUAAAAGUCCUUUUUUUAAAAAGAAAAAAAAAAAAAUCCACAGGUUCAUACUGUGUUGUUUUACAGGCCGUAUCUGUUAAAUUAAUUUAAACAUCAGGUACACCAUAAUGAAUUUCUCUACACUGUCCUUUGAGAGAUCUGUUGCAAAUAUUAUUUCACAUUCUGUAUAGUUUUGCUGGGUUCAUUUACAAAAAUGGUUUAGGGGACCAUUGCCAAUGACCAAGUUGUACAUAAAGUGUCAGUGUAAGUUUUCUUCUCUUGACACCUUUGAAGGACAAAUUCUUAAUUUUGUAAUUGGGCACUUAAUUCAUUCAACUUAAUUCAUUUAACUUGUUCGUUACUAUUAUGAAAAGCUGACUAAUAUAUUGUGCCAGUGUUAAGUGUGAUGGUGUUAAUUUGGAAGGUCCGUGUUUGGAUGGUGCCAGUAGCUGAUAAGUUUAUGUGAAAAUACAAACAAAAGGGAUGUGUAAGAUUCUGCACUUUACCCAUAAACUUAAUUUGAUCACUUGUGACCCAAAAGAAAUGCUGGUUAACAAAUGGCUUCUUACAGGAAAAUGAACAUUUCUAGUUGUUACCACGAAUGGUAUUGUGUCCUGCCCUGAGCUAGAGAAAAUAAGUAUGUGUAUAAACUGUCAAAAUUAAGGAUCUAAAUAACAUUGGUACCACUUUAAGACAACAUCAUGCAAUCCAAUAAUUUUUAUUAGUUAUAUUGUCUAUCCAUAUGUACAAUGACUGUGUUACUGCUUCCUCAGCAGUCGUUUCCACUGAAUAUACCCAAUAUUAAUUUUGUAUGGCAUAUAAGACAAACUGACACUUUAUUAUAACAAACUUGGCACGUGGAUUUUAUUUUUUAUUUAUUUGAUUUUUAUAGAACGUUGCUUCUAUCUGAAUCUCUCGCCGCAUGUACAAAUAUUACAGAACAUAAAUGCAAAAUUCUAUUUGCCUAACUGUGGGGGUAGCUUGGGAAAAUAAAUAAGCCUUGCAGUGUGCCCAGAUAAGGGAAUUCUGACCAAGAAACUUCAGUCGUGGACACGUUACUGACAAUAUCUUGUCGCCAGCACUCACUUGCCCUCUUUGUCUUGGUGUUAGGACUUCAGCUGUUUCUAAAUGCUAUGAUGGAGAGGAAAUUAAUUUCAGGGCCAGAAUUAUCUUGGGGUUUUCUGACUCAAAACCGGUGCUAACUGCUAAUAGACUGGGAGCUAAUGCAUUCGGAAAUGAUGAGCUUAAAAGUAUCGUCAAAAGUUGUAGACACUGCUGUGCAAUUGUACUGUCAUAGUAGGAUGACAUGCAUUUUAAAUACUAAGUAUAUUAGUGACCAACAGUUAGACUGUUCAGUCUGAGAAUCCAAGUGACCAAAAUCAAAUGUAGUUCGGACUGAUUUGCCAUCGUUGAAUUUCCUGUUUCGGGUACCUUUGGCAGCCAAUUACAAGACACCAGUGGUGGCAGAACUCGGCAUUUUGAGACAGGAAAAUGAGCUUGCAGGAGAAUUCUGGCCCAACUGCCAAGAGUGGCAGUAGUAACUCAGAUCUUGAAAGGCAGAGGGUGCUGGCUGGUUUUUGUUUAUACCUGUGAAGUGCUUGGUGGCAUUGGAAGUACUAUUAGAUAAGCUGCUUUCUUUUGUUGUGGUGGGGGAAGAUGGAAAUUAUCUGGCCAAAUAGUUAGGUAUGAAUAUAUGUAGAUUUGAGACUUAAUGAAUAUAGCAAACAUAGGUGUGCUAUUUGUAUCAUGCAGAACAUACCCCAUACUAAAUUUCUUGAGUGUUUGAUAGAUGUUGGAAGCUUUAGGGGCCAUUUGUGCCUAGUUUUGAGGUGCCUGUUUGAAAUGCUUGAAAGCUUUUCAAAGAACACAACUGCUUCCUGGAAAGCUUAUUGUUUAGUACAAAGUCAGCCCCUUAUGCAGCUGGUUCAUCCUUCUUUUCAUUACUGAAGACCUUUGCCAGCAAGAAUGCCGCUAAACCUCUUGUCUACAGUCUAUCGGUAUAAUUUUUUUGUAAAUUUACAAAUGACUGCCAGAAGAAUUUGAGUUCACUCUAAGAAAAAAACAGUGAUGGAAAUAAAGCCA